GCAUGAACAGUUACUGAUUCUAAAAUCAUUGUUGAUAUGCAGCCUUUAAUGUGUAGGAGGUCAAAAUGAUAAUUUUAAAAUUUUUUAUAGUAGUGCUAAUUUUAAUAAAAAUUUAUUAUGUGGCUAAAAAGCGUUGGUGUACAAGUAAAGUUUGCCUCAAUGGAAAAACGGUUUUAGUAACGGGAGCUAAUACAGGAAUUGGUUAUGAAACUGCCCUAGAAUUUGCCAAAAGAGGAGCUAGAGUGAUUCUAGCAUGUAGAGAUUUAAAAAAAGCAGCUGAAGCUAAAGAUAAAAUAAUUUCACUAACCGAAAACAAAAAUGUUGUAGUCAAGGAACUGAAUCUUGCAUCACUAAAAUCUGUAAAAAAAAUUGCACUCGAUAUAAUAGAAAAUGAAGAGAGAUUAGAUAUUUUGGUAAAUAAUGCUGGUGUUGGAGCUAUUAAUAAUAAAAUGACUGAAGAUGGUUUGCAGAUUCAAAUGCAGAUAAAUUAUUUCGCUCCUGUAUUGCUUACAAUUUACCUCGUCGAUUUAUUGCGGAGGACGGGUAACAGCAGAAUAAUAAAUGUAUCAUCAUGUUUAGCUUACUUUGCAAACGUAACAGCCGACACUAUAAAUAAAUAUGGCGAAAGCCCUGUCAAAACGUACAGUAACAGUAAGCUGGGUAAUAUCAUUUUCACCAGAAAAUUAGCAAGUCUCUUGAAAGGAUCAACAGUCAGUGUUUAUUCCCUACAUCCUGGAGAAAUACAAACUGAUAUCUUCAGGCAUUUUAAAGGCUGGCAUAAGUUCGUUUUAUUUAUUGUAAAGACCUCUUAUUUUAAGACUCCUGAAGAAGGUGCUCAAACUACCCUUUACACUGCUCUGGAGCAGGGCUUAGAAAAAUAUUCUGGACAUUUUUUUAUAGAAUGUCAGAAAAGGCCGUUCUACAAAACAGCAACUGAUGAUUCUUUAAAUGAAGAAGUGUGGCAAGCGACUGUAAAACUGCUUGAUUGUGAGAAAGAAGUUGAGAAACUAUUUCCAAAAAUCUCAUAA